UCUCCUAGUUUCUUCAACUAGCAUUCUCUCAACUUUUUGAUUCUCUUGAGUAGAGAUCGAUGGCUGAAUUUCUCACUUUUGGUGCUCAAGAAUUGCUGAAGAAAGUGGCUUUACUUGCCGCUCAAGAGUUCGAUCUAGUAUGGGGAUUCAAUGGAGAAAUAACAAAGCUGCGUGAGUCGGUGCUUAUGCUUGAGGCUGUGCUACAAGAUGCCGAACAUCCGCGACAAGAUCAGGGAGAGGCUGUGAAGCACUGGGUGAAGAAGCUUGAAGUCAUAGCUCAGCGUGCUGAUGAUGUGCUGGAUGAUUAUGGAUAUGAGCUUCUCCGGCGUAAGGUGCAACUGCGAAAUCAGAUGAAGAAAAAGGUGCAGAACUUUUUUUCCCUCUCCAAUCCCAUCUUUUUUCGUGUUAAAAUGGCACAUAAAAUUAAAAAAAUCAACACAUCUUUGGAUGAGUUGAAUAAAAAGGCAAGUACUAUUGGCUUAGUUGCUAGACUAUCCUUAGAUGCAACAACUUCCCAUGGUAUAAGCAUUGACAGGGAAACCUACUCUAUGCAAGAUGAAAACAAUAUCAUUGGAAGGGACGAUGUUGUGGCAGAUAUAGUUCAAGCCCUGACCAAAUCAAACCACAAUCUGGAAAGUGAUCUCUCGGUUAUGGCUAUUGUGGGUAUGGGAGGGCUUGGAAAGACAACUUUGGCUAAAUCAAUAUAUCAUGAAUCUGAGAUAAGUAGGCACUUUGAGAAAAAGAUGUGGAUAUGUGUAUCUACCCCUUUUGAAGUCAAUUCAAUUUUGAGAGGGAUCUUGGAAUAUCUUAAACCAGAAAAUGCUGCAGUGAAAGCUAUAGAUGCAAUAUGUAAUAUUCUCCGAGAAGAGUUGAAAGGAAAGAGAUACCUUCUUAUACUUGAUGAUGUAUGGAAUGAAGAUUCCGAAAAAUGGAAACGUUUGAAGGAUUGUUUGCUAGGAAUUACCGAUGCCCAAGGAAGCAGUAUUGUUGUCACUACUCGCAGUGACAAAGUUGCAAAAACGGUGGAGACCCUUCCUAGGUGUGAUUUGAGAAAACUAUCAGAUGAUGAGUGUUGGCUUAUAUUGAAGAAUAAAGCAGUUCCAGUCGGUAGUGUUCCUAUACUUGAAGAUCAAGAGACAAUUGGAAGGGAGAUUGCCAAAAAGUGUGGAGGUGUACCAUUAGUGGCAAAGGUCUUAGGAAACAUUAUGCGCUCUAAAACGAGCAAUGAAUGGAGUUCAAUUAUGGAAAGUGAAAUAUGGGAUUUACCGGAAGAAGAAGACAGAAUCAUGUCGAUUUUAAAGUUGAGUUUUGAUGAAUUGAAAUUUUCAUCAUUGAAACAAUGUUUUGCAUAUUGCUCGGAAUUCAUCAAAGACUCCAAAAUGGAAAAGGAUGACUUAGUUCAACUUUGGAUGGCUCAAGGAUGGCUUCACCCCACCAAAAGUAAUAUGGAGAUGGAGGAUAGAGGGAACGAAUAUUUCAACAUUUUAUCAGAAAAAUCCCUUUUUGAAGACGUUGAAGAGGAUUAUUAUGGUAAUACAACAUGCAAGAUGCACGAUCUUGUGCAUGACCUUGCAGAACAAGUGUCAAACACGACAAACUGCCGCUCACUAUUUUCCAAGGGAGAAGCACUUGGGAACACCUUGCCUAACUUUAGAUCUUUGCGUGUGUUAAAUUUAUACAAGGCAGACAUUGACAAGUUGCCGAGUUCAAUUGGAAAGUUGACACACUUGAGGUAUCUGAAUGUUAUGAAAACAAAUGUGAAAGCAUUUCCAAAAUCUAUUGGUCAGCUUUAUUACCUUGAGACGUUUAAAAUGCCUUAUCAUGUUGAAGAGUUCCCAAAGAUGAUUGCUGAUAUGAUCAACUUGAGACAUGUUUAUUUUGGUAAAUAUGCGAAAGUUCCGGUUGAGAUAUUGGGAAGAUUGACUAAUCUCAGAUCAUUACCUUUUCUGAAGGUGGGUAAGGAGAGUGGACCUAGAAUUGAGGAACUGGGUGAGUUAAACCAUUUGAGAGGCACCUUAUCUAUCUAUAAUCUGGAGCAUGUCAGAGAUGGAGAAGAAGCAGUGAAUGCAAAGUUAGUUGAUAAGAAACAUAUACGCAAGUUAACUCUCGACUGGAAGCUUAGUAGACCAAGCAACAAUGUUGACAAUGAGGAUGUUGUACUUGAAGGCCUGCGACCACAUUGUAAUUUGGAAAUUUUGAAGAUUCAGGGGUUCAUGGGUGUCAAGUUUCCACCAUGGUUUUUGGAUGCCAGCAACUUGAAAGAAAUUGAAUUAGCAGGGUGCAACAAAUGCGAACGAGUACCAAUACUUGGCCAUCUGCCAAAUCUCAUACAUGUUAAGAUGGAGGACAUGCAGAACCUAAGAUGCUUGGGGUUUGAGUUUUAUGGUUACGAUCAUAUUUCCGGUGCAACAACAAGUGACGGGAGAAAGACUUUGUUUCCUGCUUUGAGAUCUUUACAUAUUCGGAAUGCCGAGAAUCUAAUAGAUUGGAUGGAAGCAGGGGAAGUGAUGCUGACGGCAGAAAAAUUAAGGGUGUUUCCUUACCUUGAGGAGCUGAACCUGGAGGGCUGUAAGCAAUUGAGAAGUGCUCCCGGUCAUUUUCCAUCUCUCAAGGAGUUGGUGAUAGGAGGAGUGGAAAGUGGUAUGCCUAUAGCAAGUAUUUUAAGCAAUAAACUGACUACUCUCACUCAUCUCAGAGUACAUGAUGUCGAGGGACUUACUAGUCUUCCGGAAGGGACGUUAAGAAACAACAAGAAUCUUGAAUAUUUGUAUAUAUGGAACUGUCCGGAGUUAAGUUGCAUUGCUCCCCAUGGAUUUGACUGCUGCGCAUCUCUUGAGAGACUGACUAUUUGGGACUGUCCUAAGUUGAGGUAUUUAUCUGAUGGGCUACUCCCACUCUCUCAAGGAGUUGGACAUAAGUGAUUGCUCCAGUCUAGAGUCCAUUCCAAUCAUCCCUGAGCAAGGCGGUCUCCCAUCUCUGCGCAAAUUGUUUAUAUACAGCUGUUCUCAGUUAUCCAGUUUACCUGAUGGGCUACAAUACUGCACAUCUCUUCAACAAUUGCAUAUACGGGAGUUACCAAAGAUAACAUCCAUUCCAGCCCAAUGCUGCACAGAUCUCGAAGAGAUGAAAAUAUCGGGCUGCCCAGAGAUAACGUCCAUUCCAGCCCAAUGCUGCACAUCUCUUAAAGAACUGGAAAUACACAGCUGCCCAAAGAUAACGUCCAUUCCAAUUCCAUCUGAGGGCCUCCCGUCCCUUAGUCGACUGCUGCUUUGGGAGUGUCCUGAAUUAUCAAGCCUACCGAGUGGACUAGGCUGCUGCACCUCUCUUGUUGAUUUGUCAAUAACACAGUGCCCUAAGGUAACAUCCAUUCCAAUUGACAGUCUCAGUACAACCCUCCGAAGCUUGUGUGUAGAUAAUCCAGAGUCUCUUCCAAUUUUACACGGCGGCUUCACAUCCCUCCGUCAAUUGGUAAUCGACGGCUGUCAAAGUACACAAAUUGAUCUGCAAUUUUGUCAAAUCCUCGUCUCUCUUGAGGAUUUGAGAAUAAGUGAUUGUCCUAAUCUAGAGACUGUUCCGAGUUUAGACAAGCUCACAUCCCUCCGUGGGUUGUGGAUUAGUGAUUGUUCCCGAUUGACAUGUCUACCCAGUGGGUUAGCAAUGGCAUCCCCACACGUAUUCACCCGUCUCAAGAUAUUGACACUUGGUCCGUUUUGGAAUGAGCUGGAUUCAUUCCCGGCUCUUCAGGUUCUACCACAACUUGAAUCAUUAGAUUUGUACGGGUGGCCGAAGCUCAAGUCUCUGCCUGAACAAAUUCAACACUUGACGUCUUUGACUUUUUUGGGGAUACAUUCCUUUGAGGGAGUGGAGGCUAUUCCAGAAUGCUUGGGAAACCUUGCAUCUCUUCACUCCUUACAUAUUUGGAAUUGCAAGAAUCUGAUGUAUCUACCUUCCGUCCAAGCUAUGCAACGCCUCACCAAAUUAGAUUCGCUGCAUAUCUUCAAUUGCCCCCUUAUGAGCGAAAGAUGCACCGCGGAGAGCGGCCCAGAGUGGCCUAAGAUUUCUCAUAUUCCACAAAUUCUUUCCUCUACCUCUUUUCUGAAUCGCUCAAUAUAGUUAUUAUUUUGUCUGCCUCAUUUUGCUUAUACAAACCAGUGACAAGAAUAAUAUUUAUAGUUAUUAUUUUGUAUGCCUCAUUUUCCUUCUCACUCUCGAGCUCGAUGGUGAAAGAAUAAUAUUUUGUUUGAAAACAAGUUUUGUUCCAUCUGCUAGAGCUUGAAGAACUCUGCUCAUUUUACAAUAAUUGCAGGAAGAAGAAAAAAAAAAGUUUACUCUGAUAUUUAGGUUUCAUUAACAAUGGUGAUACAUAGAACCCAAAUGUGAAGGGAUUGUUGUUGUGCAAACUGUAUAACUCUAUUCAGUGACUUCUAAAGAGAUUGAAACUUGUAUAUUCUUGUCCAGUUUUCUUUAAUUUUAUCUCUAGCAUUAACCAAAUUUCUUUUUGUGGUUGCAUAAACAGUUGGAGUCAUUUGAUACAUCAAUCAAGAAUAAGAGGUGCCUACGGGAGUAUCUCAAUUAGGAAUUGCUUCAAGUUUCACAUCAACUUACUUACUGUGUUCGGUGUGCUGUAUUUACAGGAGCAUCUACAAUUUUAUGAAUCACUAUUGCAAAUUCUGCCCUGACAAGGAAUGAAUGUUAAAGGUAGUUAAAAAUAACUACUGUGCUUGAAAAAGAGUAUAAUUAAGUUGAACCAGAACGACAAUAUUCCCGCAGCAUCGUGCGGGCCGUAAUAUCUAGUAUCAGACUAUUUUCCUGUGGUCUGCAGGAAAAUCCAGGACUUGAUUCUAUCUUGGUGCCAAGCCAACAGGUUCCCUUUCAGAAAAAGAAGCUUUCAGUUUGUGCGUUUGAAGUGGCCUUCAAAGUGCUGCAUAAAAAGCAAAUUAAGAGAAAUGUGUACUACAAAGCAGUAUUGUGGAUUUUAGUCCUGUACUCUUGUUGCACUCCAAAGCAACUCAUAGCCAUCAAAUCCGACUUCUUCGGAUAGAAACACUGGGUGAUUUCUGACGGAUGAUAUGGCAUAGCUGAAACAAGCUCAGAUUUGUGAGGUUAAGGCCAAUCUUGAAUUGAUUUUUCAAGGCAGUUCAAGCUCAUGUUCAAGCAGGAAGAUCUUUGCCUUCAGGUUGCUUCAGUUUGAAUGAAGUAGUCAUUUCACAAACUUCUGCGUGUCAGGUAGAUCGAGCAUAUGUAGAGGUGCUCUGAAAUCCUCUUGUUCCAGGUUGGUGAAACUGAUCAACAGAUGGUUCUUGAAAGAACAGAUGGCUAGGCUAGAUCUGUGUUGUGCCAAACUAUUGUACAAUUUAAAUUCUUGAUAUUGAAAUCAAUUGCAGACUGCUAUGUGACGAAGUCCUGAACUCUAAAUGAGUUGGCUGAACAUAUAUAUCCAGUGAACUAUUGGAUGAGAUUUGUUAUUUACAGUUCAUAUAUACUUUCUGGCAUUAACUUAUUGGUAUCUAAUACUAGUGUAUGAAUCGUGUGCUUGACAGAUUAGGACCUUGCAUGCGGGCAAUGACUUUAUUGGAGAUGUUCCUUUCACAAAGAAAAUUCUUGCUGCAUUAACUACAGGUGCUCUAGCAAUCAGUGGCAAAUCAACUGAUCUUGUAAAAGUUAAGACUUCAAGCUGAGGGAAAACUACCACUAGGCGCACCAAGGCGCUAUUCUGGCGCACUGAAUGCGUAUUCCACCAUUUUGAGACAGGGAGCACCAUUGAAUUCUUCUUUUUCUGACUUUUUAACAUGGGUACUUUGCAAAAAAAAAUCAGGAGGGAGUUGGGGAUCUCUGGACUGGGAUUGGACCUAACAUUGCACGUAAUGCUAUCAUUAAUGCUGCUGAACUAGCCAGUUAUGGUCAAGUGAAGAAGGCUAAGAAGUUCGUGAAAAGUAUAGAGUCAAAUGAGAAGUGAAGCCAAGAGAGUGGAUUUAGAUUGCAGGGGUAGCAUCUAGAGCAAACAAUAGUUGUUUUAGAGAAUAACAAGGCCCUCGACAAACCUUUUUCUCCCAUCCUUCUGCUAGCUGAGGAGAAGAAUCAUCUGAAGGAAAACUGCUAAUUGGAAACUCAGAAGUUUAGAAAUAAUUAGUAUUUGUUUUCUGGAUUACAUAUAUUUCCUUAGUCAUCAUAUUGAUGAAUUGUGAUUAUAAAAUUUGUCUAUCAAGGCUCUAAUUCCUUUGUUUGCAAAGCCAAAUGCUAUCUCUUUGUUGUCACCAAUGAACUUAUUUUUUUUUUUU